AUGCUUUUUUCCAUAUUCAACCCUACCUUGUUGGCUGCGGGUCUGCUCAUCGCCGCCGCAUCAUGUGCACCAUCUUGUUGUUUGUCGCCUUCAUGGACACCACUUGCCCCUAUCCCACUUUCUCCUCGCCAAGAACACACGACUGUUUUCGUUCCGCCAUCCACUAUCGCAAUCCUCGGCGGCGUUGUCCCGUCCAACACUUCGUUUCCGCCUGUAUACACUACUUCGUUGAUGCAGUCUUACUCGAUCACAGACGAUAUAUGGAUCACCAAAGCCGGCAUGCCACGAGGACUAAAUCACGCCAAUGUCGCUGUGGUGGAUGGAAAGAUAUAUGUCUUGGGCGGUUUGGCGGAGACAGGCGAAGCGGACGGAGGAAAGAGGGUGUGGGGCGGAGUGCCCGACUCUUGGGUGUACGAUCCUGUCACUGAUUUAUGGAAGAUGAUACCAGGUGUACCCGCUGGGGAAGAAAGAGGUAGUGCAGCCGUCGGUACCUACCAGUCAAAGAUCUAUCUCGCCGGCGGCAUGACGGAACUUGAGCUGUUCGAGAACGGCACUCAGAAUAGCGUCUCAGUUGUUUCUAUCUUCGAUACUAACACGAAUACGUGGCUCUCCGUCCCAGAGGCUGCAAAGUAUUUGCCAGAAGCCCGAGAUCAUGCAGGUGCGGCAGUGGUAGGCGGAAAGAUGUAUGUUCUAGGUGGACGAGAUGACGGACAGGAGAACGUUCGCGACACGGUCUUUGUUCUUGAUCUCUGUGAUCUCCACGCCGGUUGGAAGACUAGCGCGGCGCGCAUGCCUACUCCUAGGGGCGGUGUUGCGGCUGGUGUAAUUGGAAAGAAGAUAUACGUCUUUGGCGGCGAGGGCAAUGCGCGAUCGGAAACUGGGGUGUUUGAUCAGGUUGAGGCAUACGACACUGUCCGGGACCGAUGGGUGAAAACUGGGAGAAUGAGGCUACCUAGACACGGAACCUACGCUGCGAGUGUAAACGGGAAAAUUUACAUUCCUGGGGGUGGCGUAAGUCAGAGCGGUGCGCCAGUGUCUGACUUCGACGCCUUUGUGUUGUAA